CUCCUGCCUGCUCUUUCUUCAUAGCUAAGAUUGAAAUAGAUUUGUCCUCUUUGCAGACAGAAAUGCCUUAGUCCAAAAAUAUCUCCCAAAAAAAAAAAAAUUCCACCAAUCACGUUUCACUGCUUAAUAUAAACCAGGCACAGUGGGAAGUUGUGUGUUGCUGAACAAUAAAAGGGCAAGCCAAGAGAAGGCAGGACAGAACCUGCAGCAAGGCGAGGAUCUCUGAGGAAAGGCGUUGCAACUCCGAAGUCAAAGCGGGAGGAGACAUUCCUCCCCCGCCGUCCGGAGCAGGGCGGUGCCGCUUUGUGAGGGAUUCCAGCUGUGCAGAAUGACUUGUUUGCACGGGGAGUGGUAAUUGCUCUCGGCAGUUUGCACUGCCUUGUUAGGAUCCGCCCAGCUCUGCUCUCUGCAAACGCCGCUGUGAGAGCUCCCACAGGACGCCGGGCUGUCUUGGAAGCUGCACCAUGUUCCUCGCUCAGGCUCUGCUCGAUGCCGCUGCCGGGGGUGGCGGCGGUGGCAGCGGUGGUGGCGGUAGUGGUGGCGGUGGCGCCAGUGCUGCAGGAGGCCUCCUGAAGAGCCUCGGAGGCGGUGGAGGAGUCGGAGGGGCCCUUCUGAAGGGCCUUGGAGGAGGCGGUGGCGGGGUUGGAGGAGCACUCGCCAAAGGCCUCGGGGGACUCCUCUCUGGUGGCGGCGGCGGUGGCGGCAGUGGCGGCAGCAGUGGUGGCGGUGGUGGCAGCAAGGUGCAAAAAGGGGUGAAUGUCAUGGGCCUCCUGGGAGGCCUUGUGAACAUCAUCAGCGAGGCAGCGGCUCAGUACACCCCGGAGCCGCCUCCCGCUCCCCGCAGCCACUUCGCCAACGUGGAAGCCAACGAGAGCGAGGAGCUCCGCCAAUUCCGGCGCCUCUUUGCCCAGCUGGCCGGCAACGACAUGGAGGUGUGUCCCACCGAGCUGAUGAACAUCCUCAACAAGGUGAUGGCGCGGCACCAAGACCUGACGGAAGAGGCCUUCAGCCUGGACACUUGCCGCAGCAUGGUGGCCGUCAUGGACAGCGACACCACGGGCAAGCUGGACUUCUACCAGUUCCGCUACCUGUGGGGCAACCUCAAGAAAUGGCAGAGGGUCUUCAAGCAGCACUGUGGGCCUGGAGGGUCCAUUGAGAUGGCUCGGCUGCCCUCCGCUUUCAAGGAUGCCGGGUUCAACAUGCACGAGCAGCUCUACGCGCUGAUGAUCCGCCGCUAUGCCGACGAAGAUGGCAGCAUGGAUUUCAACAACUUCAUCAGCUGCCUGGUGCGCCUGGAUGGCAUGUUCCGUGCCUUCAAGGCCCUGGACAGAGACGGUCAUGGCAACGUCCAGAUCAGCCUUCAGGAAUGGCUGCAGCUGACCAUGUACUCUUGAAACCGGACGACCGGCGGAAAGAAGGCGACAGUGCCAAUGACGACCAUGCUGCUCCUUCAAGCUUUGGCCUGCAAGCAGGACUGCUUAGUUAUAUAGCUGCAUCUACUUCCGUCUUGGACAGGAGGCCAAUUCUCUUGCUCUUGCUACCUUUUGGGUGAUAGGCAAGGUAGGGGAGGUGUCAAAAUCUUUCUAGUGUUACUGCAAAUUCUCCUUUCUUUUCCAUGUAUCUUUCUGUAGUUUCUGUCGUCUGUUCCUUCCCUCUUUAAGGUUUGUUUACUUUUUAGCAUGCCUGGGCUGUAUGGAUGUGUAGGACUGAGGAUGAAUGCUACAUGGGAUGUAAAGAUAAUGGGAUAGCUCACUUAUUCCCUUAUGAGUGCUCUCUAGGUACAAGUAGAGGUUGCAACAGAAUUUAUCUGCCUCUCCCCCUUCUCUGGCCCCCAUGACUUGCAUAUUUCAGGGAGAGAAUUCUCUCUCUCACAUACACACACACUUGUAAUCCUAAGCAACUCAGUUGUUUCUUUUCCCCCACACCGCCUCCAGUUUCCUUAGUGAACGCAUUCCUCAACUUGCUGCGUUACGUACUGGAAGCUCACAGAUUCUUGUGCGGCUGUUUUGGUUUCUUAAAGCAUCUCCUCUUUCUCUUGCAAAAUUAUAUACUUCUCCAUGCUGGUAUUGUUACUGGGUAGUCCUGUUCCAUUUCCAAGCUGCAGUACGUACUCAGUGCUCUGUCGGAGAUCAGCCUUCCUGAAAUGGGAGUCUUGUGGAUUUGUUAACUAAAAUUUCCAUGGUCCUCAGCUGCAGCUCCACUAAGGGGGCCAAGGACAGCCAUGUUGGGGAAGACUGAACUUCAGUGUACAAGGAGAGCAGGGAGAGUGAGUGCUGAACUGAGCAGAGUUUUCUCUCCAUGACUUUCCAUUUGGCAUUCUGGAUCGCUUUGCCUCAGGGCAGAUUUUAAUCUCUAUUGCUAGGAAAAAUAGAUUGUCCUCCUAGAUUCCUAGCAUCAAUGUGUGCAAAGAAGGAAAAUAAACUCAGAUGAUAAACACAA